AUUAAUUGCCAUAAAUGUGAUACAUGGGGUCAUGUUCCUUGUUACGGGUACAAAUCUCUUGAUGAUUCUCGCAUGUCAAAAUAUCAUAUCUGCUAUCGAUGCUUGAGAGAUGAAAAUAAUAAUCUUUGGGAAUUAGAUGCUCUUAUAGACUUAGCUUUGUUUCGACGUUCUUUGUGGAUUAUUUGGAAAGAAGGAAUUCCUUCAACAUGUCGACAAUUUGCUCAACGAUUGGGUAAUACCCGCCUGAAAACUGAAGGAUUUAUUGCCCCUCCUCCAAAGCCUUCUAAAAGGAAAGGCAAAGCUGUUGUUGGAAGUAACACUUCUAAUUCAAACAUUCCAUUUGAAGUAAUAAAAACCGAAGAGAACGCACGCAAAAUGGAUGAUUACUUUAAUCCAGAUAUUGGAGUGAUGCCAGUUC